AUGCCCUGUGCAUGCAAUAGGAAAAACUGGAGGCGAUGGAUCAAACCGAUGGUCGUACUCACUUACGCAGUUAGCAUCCUGGGCCUGCUAGCCUGGGGUAUUUGGAAAUUUAGAAAACUGGAAAAGGUUGGAAUACACGCUAAAUCAUGGUUUAUUGCUGGAAUCUUUAUGAUGUUGACGAUACAUGUGUCCUUCUGGGGUAUUCUGCAACACUUGAUGCAUUACACACAACCCAAACUUCAAAAACCUAUUAUGAGGAUUCUUUGGAUGGUCCCAAUAUACAGUUUGGACAGUUGGUUGGCCUUGAAAUUCCCCCGAUUUAGAAUAUAUGCCGAUACCUGUAGAGACUGUUACGAAGCCUACACCAUCUAUAACUUCAUGGUCUUCCUUAUCAAUUAUUUAACAAUGCGGAUCCCAAAUAUAACAUCAUACCUGGAAUCUAAAAAUCAACAACAGCAUCUUUUUCCAUUCUGCUUCUGUCCACCAUGGGCGAUGGGAGAAAUACUGCUUUUUCGAUGUAAACUGGGAGUGCUGCAGUACACUGUGAUCAGACCAAUUAUCGGUCUUAUAGCAUUGGUAUGUGAGAUGGUUGGUGUCUACCAGGAAGUGAAGUUUGGUUUCUCCAAUGCAAGGACUUACUUGAUUACAAUCAAUAAUUUGUCAGAACUGGCCGCCAUGUACUGUCUCUUCCUCUUUUAUAAAGUGCUACAGGAAGAUCUCAGCCCUAUACAACCCGUUGGCAAAUUUCUUUGUGUCAAACUUAUAGCUUUGGUAUUGUUCUGGCAAGCAGCACUUAUAGCUUUGUUGGUUAAGGUGGGAGUGAUUUCAGAUAAGCGUACAUGGGAAUGGCAGAGCGUGGAAGUUACCGCCACAGGCCUGCAGGAUUUCAUAAUCUGCCUUGAAAUGUUCCUUGUGGCCAUUGCCCAUUACCACGUAUUCUCCUACAAACCCUACGUGCGAGAGGCAGAGGAAGCCUCGUGCUUUGAAUCUUUUCUGGCUAUGUGGGAUAUAUCAGAUGUCAGAGAUGAUAUUUCUGAACAAAUAAGACAUCUAGGGAGAACAAUUCGAGGGUAUCAGAAGAAAAAAAAUCCUGAAGAUCCGGAGUAUACUGAGCAUACACAUCUGCUUUCCUCAUCCUCCCGAGAUGCACUUUCUGCAGGUUCAAAGCCAUCCUCACCCCAGGGCCAAUAUCAGGCCUUUGCACACACGAUUAUUUCAAAGAAUGCAGCUUUUGCAUCCAAGCUAUGUGAACACAUUGUGAUUGAGAUCCCAGAAGAUCAGGAACCUCCUCAUACAGUCCAAUAUCAAGACUUGGAAGACACAGAUACUUCACAGGAUACACUUUCUGAAGCCGAGCCCUGUGAACAUGUCAUUAUUGAUAUCCCAGAAGAGCAGGCGUUCCCUGGCUAA